GCAUGAGUUUGUUAAUGUGUGUUCAGUCAGUCUCACUCUUCACAUGUGGUGUUUUCUCACAGUCCUCUCCAGGGGGAUGAUAAGGCUUUAUCACACAUGCCCUGCAACAGUAGCAGAACUUUGACCCUGUGAGAUCUCGUCACAUGUAGAUUUGCCUCUGCUGAUGAUCGUCUUUGUCCAGAGAAAUGUAGUUUGUGUCUUUUUGGCUUUGGGGAGACUCAGAAGAGUGUGAGAGGAGCAACACUGAAAGAUUACUCACCAUGAAGUGGGUCUGGGCUGUGUUCAAAGCUCGCCCGUACAUCAGUAACGUUCUGGGAUACACAGCCCUGUUCGCCUCUGCUGACCUCGUACAGCAGAGCGUGCUGGGUGAGAAACCUGCGGCAGGAUCCACAUCAGAGGAUUUAGUAGGAGUCGACUGGCAUCAGACGGCUCGAGUGGCGACCGUCGGUUUAUGUUUCCACGCCAACUUCAACUAUCACUGGCUCAGAGGGCUGGAGAAGAUGCUGCCAGGAGGCGGAGUAAAGGCAGUAACUGGGAAGGUGGUGGUGGAUCAGCUGAUUGCGGCUCCUCUCACCAUCAGUGCCUUUUACAUUGGUUUGAGUUUACUUGAACACAAAGAUGACCCACUUGAAGACUGGAGACAGAAAUUUUGGACAUCUUACAAGACUGGGGUAGUAUUUUGGUCAACAAUGCAGGCAGUGAACUUUGCAUUCGUCCCCCCUGUGGCUCGGACGGUGUUUCUGGGUGGUGUCGCCCUGGUUUUCACAAUCUUCCUGUGUCACCUCAGACAGCAGCGACACCACGAACAGGAAAGAACCUGAGACUCUCCCCGUCGCAUCGAAGGCUUUAGUAAACUGACUAAAAACACAAUUCCAAAAAAGCAGGGACACUGUGAGUAAAACCUGAAUGCAGUGGUUUAUAUACAUCAGAAACCCAUAAACCCCAGCAGCUGGUCUGUUCCCAGAUGUUUACAGGCUGCUGUUAAACAAAGACGGGAUGCUACAUUGUCAAGGGUACACAUAAGUGGUCCGCAGGUGCGCAUUC